CGAGGUGAUGGUCUAAGUUUCAAACGAUAGACCUCGUACAUUGAAAGGGAAGAAGAGAAAAAUAACUUAAAUAUUCACGAACCGUUUUAAAAAUCACCAGCUCGUCAUUAAUAUUGGUGCAUCAAUUGUCCAUCCAAGAUGGUGACUGGUACGUAGCAGGAAAUUGGUAAGCUCUUUGACUCUUCGGAAUGUCAUACAAUGGUGUGUUCCGAUAGAGACGUGCCGGAAGUGCACGCGAAGGACGUCUUGUAUAACGUUCAAAACAAAUUAAUGAGCGACUAUUUUUGAAAAUAUUUUUUCGACCAAAAAUUUACUUUCUUUGCACCCUUGUUUAGUUGUUUAGGUAGGAUUUUAUUGUUGCUCUUGAAUUCGCUUGAGGAAUAGCCAUCCAAGUUCCAAGGGAAGGGAGGCUACGCUUUCCGUUUCUUUCUAGAAGAAACGCGGCGGAGAAGUACAAUUUCGACCGGCACAAAGAAAAAGAAAGAGACAGGAUGCCUCCGAUUCCCUUCCCCUCCUCUUCCAUAAAAACCUUCAAUUCCUUUCUCCUGGAUUCCCCUCCUCGAUUCCAUUCAUCGACAGAAACUUCUUCCUACUUCCGUCUUCCAUCGUCGCCUUCCCACCCUUAAUUCCGCAAUCUCCGAUUCUUCCAACCCCCUAACGACUAGGAUUUCCUUGUUGGCGGCGGCGGCGGCCAGAAUCAACAUAAAUCGCGGAAGAUCGGGCGAUCCGCCGGCGGGGCAAAACACGAUGAUUCAGCUUCUCUUCACCGUCCUCUUCUGCCAGAUGGCGUUCAUACUCCUCCUCGUCUUCAAAACCCCCUUGCGGAAACUGGUCAUACUGGGGCUAGAUCGGCUGAAGCGCGGCCGCGGACCCGUCGUCGUCAAGACCGUCGCCGGAACCGUGCUUCUCGUCUUCAGCUCCAGCGUUUACAGCAUGGUCGGCAUCCAGAACCGCUGGACCGAGGAAGGCGCCGUCAUCAAUCCCACCGAUCAAGUCAUCCUCGCUAAUCACCUCCUCGAAGCCACUCUCAUGGGAGGGCUGCUGUUCCUGGCGCUAAUGAUCGACAGGCUGCACCACUACAUGAGGGAGCUUCGGAUCCGGAGGAAGAGCCUGGAGGCGCUGAAGAAGCAGAGGGACUACAAUGUGCUUGAAGAUGAGGUGACCGAGCUUCGAGCGAAGCUGAAGCGGCUGGAGGCCGACGUUGAAGCGAAGAACAAAGAGGUGAGCUCCUCGAAAGCCAGUGCUGUAGCUCUGAAGAAGCAAUCGGACGGGUUUGUGGUUGAGUUUGAUCGUUUGCAGGGGGAGAAUCAAACUCUGAAGAACAAGUUACAGUCGCUCGAUUUCAAGCUGUCUCGUUCCGGUAGCAAGAAGGAUUCUUGAUCGUUUGUUGACUUCAAAUUUAACAAAGCUUGAACGCUAAUUUUGCUAUUGGGUUCUUUCUGUGAUGGGUCCUGAUUAGAUUCCCGCUAGGACUUUGCGAAAGUCUAGAACUUUUGAGUGUAUGGGUAUGGCUGGGUUGCUAAGGCUACUCAUCUGGUUUUUGUAGGAACAGAGUAGUUUCGAGUUUGUGCACAAGCGGAACAUAGACGGCUAUUAAUCAUGGGAUUCUGGUUUUUCCUUCUUCUGUUGCAUACACUCUUAACAAACUACUGGGUUUUUC